AUGGCUCGCUCGCAGUUUAACGUCCAUGCAGUUUCAGUUCUUGUUGCACUGGUAUUUGUAGCUUCAACUUCAGUAGUCUGGUCCAGGAGGGUGGCGGACACCCCGAACGGACCAGUUGGCGCCAUUAUCGCCGUUGCGAACCUCAGUGGCACGCCGAGCGCGAGUGGGCGAGUGGUGUUGAGCUGGUACAACAGCAGCGCCCAUGUCAACGUGACUCUGAAGGGCUCCUUGACCAACAUCACCAUGGCGCAUAUUCACCUGAAUGAUUCGUCGCGGAGUAACCCGGUCAUCGCGGGCCUUCUUCCCCGCAUGAACAGCUGGCUUCCCAAGCAGCUGAACCCCCCGGUGUCGUACGACAAACCGUACACGUUCAACAUCGCUUUUGACGCCAGGUACCUUGCCAUGGUUACCUCUGACAUGACGGCCGAGACGUUUCUGUCGCUGCUUAAGCAGGGCCAGCUGUUCGUUAAUGUGCACACAGUUGCACAGCCGACCGAUUCUAACAGAUUUUCCGAGGCUCUGUGGAAACUAGACAAGAGUCGAACAUGGCUAUUGGUGAAGAAAUUUCCAAAACCUUUUCAUCAACAGCCAUUGUUAAGACUACUGAAGCUUUUGAGUGAGUCGUACGCCGUGGCCUCCGGGGAGAAUGCGGUCGCGUUGCAGUGGAGCAGUCGGCAUCUUCUAACGAAAUCUAUCGGGGGCGACUUCCCGUUUUGCAAGUGUACGACUUACAACUGUCUCUCCUCGCCGUACAGACUGUCAUACACGGGCGCGUACCCGGUAAUGGCCGGCACGAGGCACUGCUUCAUGGUUCGACAUGUGGGUUGCACCACGAACACGACGUGCUGUGCGGCUUUGCAACGCAACGUGCACAAGAUAUCCUUUUCCGUUGGUGCGGGAUGUUUGAAGCCGGUCACGAGUCAGGUGGAGAUCAACGGCCGCAAGUGGUCCAGCUGGUCCACCGUGUUCACGAAGCGGGGAACGGAUACAAACGGUACGGUAGUGUUCGGAUACGAUGUCCGUAUCUACGACAUGCAAUUCAAUGCCACCACGUUUCCCGGCACUUCCAUCUGCAUGACAACCAAGGAGCCCUGCGCCAGCAUCCAGCAGCUGUGCGGCACCACGACAGGAACGUGCAAGCCUGUCAACACCUUCUUCUCCAGCCCCGAGAACUGCAGUCGGACAUCAAGCAUCAUUAUUUCAAACUUCACCGCCGCGCUAGAGGCCGCUGGCGUCUCAAUCCGGCAACCGUUUACCUGGAAUUGCACCGGAAACUACGAGCCCGGCCAGUCAAUUCUGCCGCGGCUCUUCGUGUGCGGCUUAUACGAUGUUCCAGCCAGCCGCACUGUCUUGGAGGAGGCCCUGCGCAACGUGACGGCGAGCUGGGUUGCAUUUGUAAUAGGCACACCCGUGGUUCUCGGACAGAAGGACCGUGCUGAAUGCCCUGUGGGUCUUGAGGGAUACGCUUUCGAAGGCGCGUUGGAUUCGGGGAUUAACGCUGACCCCCGGUGCCCCUAUGGUUCCUCGGUAAUAAACUGUACCGAACGGUAUGCGCCUUUUCCCCCGUCGCCAUUGCCACCGCUACCGCCGCCAUCGCCGGUGCCUGUGAAGACGCACAACUGCUCCCAGGCCACCAAAAAUGUGCCUUAUUACCUCGACAAGAUCGAGACAUACAACACCACGGACAGGAGCGGGCAACGGCUGGUCGCUAUGUGUACAACGAUUCAAGAGAUGGACUGCAAUGACGACGCCAAAUGUUGCGGCAUGGAUGCGGCCAAGGUUGAGGUCAUUAUGAAGCCCUCAUGCCAGGAUGCCCUCCGUAGCAUCACCGUCAACGGAAAGGAAAUUGCUUACAGCCGAAGCUUCUACACGGGCUUUACAUCGCUCAAGUUUGUGAAGCUGUUGGCCUUGGGCGACCCCGCAGCCAUGCGACUUUGCUGGUACGCCUCGCCUGGACCAUGCGCUAGCCCUGGGGGCUUCUGCUACAACAAUCGGUGCCAGAGAUUAAUUAGUCCAUACCAGAGGCCUAAGAGCCACAAGGUUAUGCCAUGUGUGAACGAGACCGCAUGUUAG